AUGCUUUCCCAGCUCAACCCAAACGCUGAACCCUUCUAUUUCAGACCAAACCCUCUAUUGUUUCUUCCUUGUCCUAACUACUAUUAUGCGCAUCCUUGUACCUCCGGGUUGUUCUGCCCACCGAUUCACGCGGCCGACGACGCAACCUCGGACACAACUCAUGAGGUCGUGAAACCGGUUCGUGUUCCCAAGAGAGUGUGGGCAAAGGGAAACUGGCGGUGUCACCACACGUUUUCUAGUUCUAAGGCAAAGACUGAAUGGAGGGUUAAGGGAGCAAAGGGAAGGAAGCUUCUAGAAAAGGGUACCAGUGGUGACAGGGCUUUUCGUCGAAACAUUAUUCCGUUUCCUGAAACAGUUGAGGAAGCUCAUACCUCUUCCACCACCACCGUUAUGAUUCGUAACGUCCCUAACCAAUUCAAGUUGGAGGAGUUGCUACUCAUAUUGGACGAGUACUGCUUGCAACAAAAUAAGAACGCAAAUGAUCCCGCUGAUUGGUGCAAGUUUGACUUCGUUUAUUUGCCCAUGGAUUAUAGGAAACAUGCGAUAGAGAAAAGGAUGUCGAAUUUGGGAUACGCCUUCGUCAACUUCACCACUCCUUCUGCUGCAUUCAAAUUCUACGAGAAGUUCCAAGGUCUCGAGUGGAAUGUCACGGAGAACAGGAAAACGUGUGAAAUUAACGUGGCUCAGUAUCAGGGCAAAGAUACUCUGAUGAGGGUUUUCCAGCGAAAAGUUUUCCGGUGCGAGAGCCGAGAAUUUUUGCCUGUUGCAUUCUCAGAAGGGCGGGAUGGCUUGAAUCGCCGAAUUGAGAGAACCUAUGUGGGAAAUCAUGUAUGGGGUCUUCCAAGAAGGAGAAGCAUAGGAACCUGUGCUUCUUACCAAAACCAAUGA